UCGGGCUCUCUAAUCUCUCCUUGGGGAAGAGAGAAGACGGUCAGAGGGGAGACUUCCCAGGGUUCCUAAACCUACUCCUCUUGCUGCUCUUCUUCUUUUCGGAGAUGGAGGCCGUCCGCCUCCCGAGUCCGACGAGCUGCUGCUGCUGCUUCUCUCGGUCUUUGAUCCAUCGAAGACCGUCUCUGCUCCUCCCCGCGAGGAUGCCGGCGAGGAAGAGGGCUGGCGGAGCAGCAUUUGGGACUCCGAGGUGCUCGUUGGACGCGGCAAUCGGCGGCGGCAACUAUAGUUACGAGUAUGUUCCUAAAUUUCCUAGGAUGAAUAUAAGGGAUCCUUAUAAGUGUCUCGGAGUCAGUCAUGAUGCCUCUGAAGAAGAAAUCAGAGAGGCACGCAACUUUCUUUUAGAACAAUAUGCUGGGCAUGAAAGCAGUGUGGAGACCAUUGAAGCUGCUUAUGAACGAAUACUGUUUACCAGUUUCAAGGAACGUAAGAAAACAAAAUUCAAUUUGAAAAGCAGGUUAAGAAAGAAAGUAGUGGAAUCACCUCCCUGGAUGAAAAGAUUGCUUGAAUUUGUUGAGUUGCCUCCGACUGAUGUGAUCCUUAGAAGACUUUUUUUCUUUGUCUUCAUGGGAGCAUGGAGUGUGAUAAAUUCUGCUGAAUCUGGACCUGCUUUCCAAGUUGCUCUAUCAAUCCUUUCAUGUAUUUAUUUCCUCAAUGACAAGAUGAAGAACCUUGUCAGAGCAUCGGCAACCGGAUUCGGGGCGCUUCUUGUUGGGUGGGCUGUUGGAUCAGUUGUGGUACCUAUGAUUCCAUCAGUUGUACAUCCGAGUUGGACAAUUGAACUCUUGACCUCUUUGAUUUCUUAUGUUUUCUUAUUUCUAGUAUGCACCUUUCUCAAAUAAAGCCAUUCUACCUUCUUGAAACAUGUAGAAUGAACUUUGGAUUUCAUGCAACCAUCAACUAAAGCAGCUUCCUCUCGGGGAACAAAUUUUUUGAGCCAUUUGUUUUUCCCUUGUACACCAGAAAAGUGCCUGAAUUCUUAGUAACUAUGUAUGCUUAACACCUUUAAAAGAUUAGUUUCUCAAGCUCA